CCUGGGCUUCUCGUUUCCUUCCAGUAAUGGGAGUGUCAAACCCUCAGGGCAUAAAAGGCGCAGGGCACACAUGUUCCAGGGAAGCUGGCUUGGAAUAAAAGAGUAACCGCCAUGGACCACAAGUCUAUCUGGACAGGUCUGGUGGUCUUGUUGCUUCUCCAUCGAGGAUCUGCCUACAAACUUGUUUGCUAUUUUACCAGCUGGUCCGCUGAGAGGCAGGAACCAGGAACAUUCACCCUUGAGAAGCUCAACCCUUUCCUAUGCUCACACCUCAUCUAUGCAUUCGGCACCAUCAAAAGCAACAGGAUUGGCAUUGAUGACGGGAACGCGGCUGCACUCGACCAUGCCAUCAGCACUCACAAAGCCACGAAUCCCAAACUGAAAAUUCUCUUAUGCAUUGGAGGCUACGUGUUUGGCUCCAAAGGGUUCCACCCCAUGGUUGAUUCUCCCACUUCACGCUUAGAGUUUAUUAACUCUGCAAUCCAGUUUCUGAGGACCCAUAACUUUGAUGGAUUGGAUAUAAGCUGGAUCUAUCCGGAUCGGAAAGACAACGCUCAGUUCAGUGUGUUGAUCCACGAGAUAGCAGAAGCCUUUCAAAAGGACUCUGUAGACUCCACCAAAGCAAGGCUCCUUCUGACUGCCAGCGUGUCCUCAGGGAGGCAUAUGAUCGAUAACAGCUAUCAGAUCAAGAAGCUAGCAGAAGAUGUGGAUUUCAUCAACCUCAUGUCUUAUGAUUUCCAUGGGCCUUGGGUAAAGCCCCUGGUCACUGGACACAGCAGCCCUCUAAGUAAAGGUCAGCUGGACAGAGGGUCAUUCGCUUACAACAAUGCGGAAUAUGCUGUGGGGUACUGGAUAUAUAAAGGAAUGCCUGCAGAGAAGGUGAUCAUGGGCAUACCCACAUACGGGCGCUCCUACACACUGGCAUCUGCAGACACCUCUGUGGGCGCCCCAGCCUCUGGUCCCGGAGUUCCUGGUCCCAUCACCAAUUCUUCAGGUGUCAUGGCCUAUUACGAGAUCUGCCAGUUCCUGCAAGGAGCCAGUAUUACCAGGCUCCUUGACCAGCAGGUCCCCUAUGCAGUCAAGGGGAACCAGUGGGUGGGCUAUGAGGAUGUGGAGAGUAUAGAAACCAAGGUUCAGUUUCUAAAGAACGCAAACCUUGGAGGGGCCUCAAUAUGGUCUGUUGACUUGGAUGACAUCACAGGCCAAUCCUGCAACCAGGGUCCCUUCCCUCUUCUCCAAGCUGCCAAGAGAAACCUUGGCUCGCUCUGAAGGUGACCAUCUGAGGAAGGGGCUGGGGUGGGCAGAGAUCCCCACAGAUCAGAACACAGGAAACAGCACUGGAGGCAUCCUCUUUGGACAUUGAACCAAUUCUUCAGGCUCUGUUGUACCCUCUGCUAUGUUCUCUGACAAAUUAUGCUGCUUCUGUCUGUCUUGUGGGCUUCCUAUACAGUCUUAGGAGAACAAGAAUAUAAUCUAUCACUUCUGAGUACAGUGUGCUUUCCACCCCUACUCCUGAUGGUCACGGUGCAUUGUAAAUUCUGUUGGGCAGGUAAAGGUUUCUGCUGACCAACCAGCCAGCCAAAGAUUCAUUGGUCCUAGGGCAGGUAGCAGGGGAGGAUGGAGGAGCUCACGGGUGUGGCCCAACGCAAGCAAUCAAGGAGAACCAGCCAUGCACUCCUAUGGAAGGGCCUAGGGUGCUAUGGGUCUUUUGUGGCAGGAUUAUAUAUCCCAGGUUGGCUUUGAAUUUGCUGUGUAGCCAAAGAUGAUCUUGAACUUCUGAUCCUCCUGCCUCUACCUCCUGAGUGCUGCGGUUUCAGGCAUACUCCAAUAGGCCUGGUUUUUGUGGAGCUGGGGAUCAAACCCAGGACUUGUGCAUGCUAGGCAAGUGCUCUGCCAGUUGAACAACAUCCUCAGCCUCACUGAGGGUCUUCUUUACACAUGUACUGAGGCUGAACAUUGACCCCAUUGCAAAUUUUGCUUACAAAAUGAUCAGUCUGAUUUAAGUUUCAAAAUCAGAAGAAACCCAAUUCUAUGCCUUUGACUCUUGAUUGAUGAGAUAUUCAGUCUAGCCAGUCAGGAGGUCUAAUAUUGAUAGGCCCUUGCUUGACCCUAUGAUCUUGAAGGCCAGAGGCUCUCUUCUGUUUCAUGUUGCCCUCCGGGUUCCCUAGGUGCAUUCAAGCCUUUCCUGACUUUACAUCAGGUCAUGGAAAGUCCCUCCUGAUUCUGGCUCUGUGCUUAUUUUCCUGUAGCUGAAGACUUGUUUCCCUGCGGGACAAUAAAACAAAAUCUUGUUACUCCAA